CAGAUCUGGUCAGUGUCCAAUCGGAGAGCUAUUAUCACGGACUUGUAAUGAAUCGUUGGUUGAAUCGCGUCGCCGUCGUCACUGGGGCCAGUGCUGGAAUCGGAGCAGCCUGCUGCCGGGACCUGGUGGCCAAGGGGAUGGUAGUCGUGGGCCUGGCCAGGCGAGAAAAGGUUCUCCAGGAGAUUAAGGCCUCACUGCCCGCAGACCAGGCUGCUCGCUUCCACGGCCGUGCUUGCGAUGUCAGCGACGAGCAGCAGGUCAAAGAUGCCUUCGCCUGGAUAGACCGAACCCUGGGUGGAGCCGAUGUGCUAAUCAAUAAUGCCGGAAUAGUGCGCAAAAUCAACAUCACGGAUGAGGGGAACUCGGACGAUGUGCGGGCCAUUCUGGAUGUCAAUGUGCUGGGGGUGACCUGGUGCACCCGGCAGAUGUUCAUAUCGUUGCAGCGCCGCAAGGUGAACGACGGCCAUGUGGUGAUCAUCAACAGUGUGGUGGGUCACAAAGUGCCCGCCGUGAAGGAUUUCAGCCUGAACAUGUAUGCGCCGUCCAAGCACGCGAUCACAGCUUUGACCGAGAUCCUGCGCCAGGAGUUCAACCAAAAAGGGACCAAGACAAAGAUUACGAGCAUCAGUCCCGGCGUGGUGGACACGGAAAUCUUCGAAAGCGGAUCAUGGGAGUACCCCAGUGGCAUGCCCAUGCUGCAAUCGGCCGAUGUGGCCGACGCAGUGUCUUAUUGCAUCCAAACGCCGCCAAAUGUUCAGAUACACGAGCUCAUUAUCAAGCCUGUGGGCGAAGUCUUCUGAUGUGUCAAUUUCGAUAAGGAAGUCUAGUAUUCACUCGUCAUAAAGCAAAUAAACAAUGUCAUUGAACCGGAGGAGGGAAACUUUUUUAUUAGUGAUCAACUUAAAACGGCUACAUUUUAAUCAAUGUCAUCUUGUGCUAGUAAUCUUAUCAAAACAAUAAACAACUUUGUUUCAUCUUUA